UUUCUUUGCACCUUCCUUCCUACACAGUACACACGUUUCCACCGAAUUAUUAGUGGCGGGCGGCCGUCUCUGUUUUGGCAUAUUUUUCUUCUCAUAUAAAACACAUCCAUAUAUUCAGCAACAACAUCCUUCUAUCUAUCUCUAGUCUCUAAUAAUUGUUCAUUCAUUCAUUGUUGAUAAUUAAUUAAAUACCAUAAUUUAAUUACAGUAUAAUAAUAAUAGUUGUAUAAAUCAGCAAAUCGAAACAGUAAAGGAGGUGCAGCAAAAUGAGUAUGAGAAUGCAAACUCUGAGCGAAGAAGUAGAAUACAACUGGACAACUGAUCGGAAGCCCGCCGCCCGUGAUAUAAUUAUUGCUGUAGAUCAUGGUCCUAAAUCCAAACAUGCUUUUGACUGGGCCCUUGUUCAUUUCUGUCGGGCUGGAGAUACUAUUCAUCUUGUCCACUCUGUUUCUAGUUUGAAGAAUACUAUCGUGUAUAAUGUAACACAAACGUUGAUGGAAAAGCUAUCUCUUGAGGCUUUGAAGGUUGCUAUGGUAAAAGUAGAGACUCGGAUAGUGGAAGGAGAUGCAGGAAAAGCAAUAUGCAAGGAAGCAGAUAAAGUGAAGCCUGUAGCAGUCGUCAUGGGUACAAGAGGCCGGAGCCUAAUGCAAAGUGUAUUAAAAGGAAGUGUUAGUGAGUAUGUCUACCACAACUGCAAAGCAGCACCUGUCAUUAUUGUUCCAGGGAUAGUUAUUAUUGAAGCAGUAGAAGCUGGGGAAGAAUCAGUGGUUUCUUCGGACGACUGACUUUAUUUGGAGUUGCAUCUCUGCCAAAAAAAAUGUUCGGAUUUAGUUGAUUGUAGCGAUGGGUCAGAUGUUGAUUUUGCUUGUUUUUGUUCAAAUUGAUUGUUUUCCUUCUACAUUUGUACAUUAUGUGGUGUAUUCUUAUUAUUCUUAUAUUUGUAUGCUAUAUUAUAAUGGUAAUGCUUGAUUUAAUACUG